GGGCUGGCGUGCAGACGGCGUGCUCCUUCCGGCGGUUACUGGGUUACGCUGGUUUGGGAGGUUGUGGUUGAGGCCUGCGUUGGUGUGCGUGUGUUAUAAUCCGUUCUUUCAAUUCAGAACCAAAGGCAAACGGCGUGAGCCGGUUGAGACGAAGGAUAAAAGGUGUAUUCGAGGUCAACAUCAAUCGGCUUGUUAAAAUGGCGGAGGGAGCCGAAAGAGCUGAUGGCAGGAUUGUGAAAAUGGAGAUGGAUUAUAGCUCCACGGUAGACCAGCAGCUCCCGGAGUGCCAAAAAAUGGCUCAAGAUGGAAGAUUACAGGAAGGCAUUGAUAACCUAUUGUCUUUGGAAAAGCAGACUCGAACUGCUUCUGAUAUGACAUCUACAUCUAGAAUCCUUGUUGCCAUAGUAAAAAUGUGUUAUGAUGCGAAAGAAUGGGAUGCAUUGAAUGAAAAUAUUGUACUUUUGUCUAAAAGGAGAAGUCAAUUAAAACAGGCAGUUACAAAAAUGGUCCAAGAGUGUUGUACAUAUGUUAGCCAGAUCACUGACCUGCCAAUCAAGUUGAGGCUGAUUGACACUCUGCGUACUGUUACUGCUGGGAAGAUUUACGUGGAAAUUGAACGUGCUCGUUUAACCAAACACUUAGCCAUGAUAAAGGAGGAGGCUGGGGAGCUGAAAGAAGCUGCUUCUAUUUUGCAAGAGCUUCAGGUUGAAACCUAUGGGUCAAUGGAGAAGAAAGAAAAGGUUGAAUUUAUCUUAGAGCAAAUGAGACUUUGUUUGGCUGUAAAGGAUUACAUUCGAACCCAAAUCAUCAGCAAAAAAAUAAACACAAAAUUCUUCCAAGGGGAAAAUACUGAGGAACUGAAGUUGAAAUACUACAACCUAAUGAUUCAAGUUGAUCAACACGAGGGAUCCUAUCUGUCCAUCUGCAAGCAUUAUCGUGCCAUCUAUGACACACCAUGUAUCCAAGCAGAGAGUACAAAAUGGCAACAGGCUUUGAAGAGUGUCGUUUUGUAUGCAAUCCUCGCUCCCUAUGAUAAUGAGCAAUCCGACCUAGUUCACAGAAUUAGUCUGGACAAAAGACUUGAAGAGAUUCCCAAGUACAGAGAUCUGCUGAAGCUGUUUACCACAAUGGAACUUAUGCGUUGGAGCUCGCUGGAGGAGGAUUAUGGCAAGGAACUGAGGGAAGAGUUACCUGAAAAUGUUUGCACAGAUGUUUUUUCUAGCACGGAAGAGGGAAAUAAGAGAUGGAAGGAUCUAAAAAACCGUGUAGUGGAGCAUAAUAUUCGAAUAAUGGCAAAAUAUUACACACGAAUCACAAUGAAGAGAAUGGCAGAGCUUCUUGAUCUUUCAGUUGAUGAAUCAGAGGAGUUUCUUUCUAAUCUGGUGGUAAACAAGACCAUUUUUGCAAAAGUAGAUAGGCUAGCAGGAAUCAUCAAUUUCCAGAGACCAAAGGAUCCCAAUGACAUACUUAACGACUGGUCUCACAAACUGAACUCUCUGAUGGGACUUGUGAACAAAACCACACAUCUCAUAGCCAAGGAGGAGAUGAUUCACAACCUCCAAUAGAGAAUGAGAGUUGGUGUGUCUUUUGCAAAGACAUUUUAAAAUCUAAAAUAAUCCUUCAUAGCCAUGCAAAAAAAAAAACAAAGCUUAUAAUUUGUCUAGUGCAUGGUCUCCAUGUGGUUAGAUUUUGAAGAAUAAGGAUUGACAGUAUGGUUGAUUUGCCUCUUCUAAAAAUAGUACAACCUGGAGUUUGAAUUAAGAGGAAUGUUUGUAUUUUGUGACAUGUAUUGUAAAUGGAAUAAACCAUACCAUCUAAAUAUU